CCUGAUUCUGAACGACUGUCCUAGGGCUUUUCCUCUUCUUCUUUCUUUCCUCCUUCCUAUUUGGAGAAAUAGUUUCCUCUCCUUUCUCGCAUCUCUCAUCGGUCGCCUUCGAUGGCGACACCUUCCGUCUCUAAUGCCGGCGCUCCCGCCACCGGCCACUCACCCCGACAAUCAACCGUCGCUCUGGUGAAGGCCGAAACCGUUUCAGGAUCACCGCCGCAAGGCCAAUUGCAACAUCCGAACCCCCAUGUCAAAUCCGAGCAGGUCGAGGUAAAUGACCUCCCAAUUGUUACAUUGCCGCCGCAGCAACCCGAGCAGCCGAGGUCUCAGGUUUUGGAAUCAGUACAAGGAUUGUGCAAUCUAUCUUCCGCUAUUCUAGAAUUCAAGAGCAGGUUCGACGAAUUGGAGAAGCACCUCGAUUUGGUCCGGACUGCUAUCGAGAGUCACGAGCAGCCACAUGGUCAAGUCGACGGCGAAGCUGUGGCGCUCGUGCCUUCGGGGGCAGAUGGCGCUGUUCCGGCGAGUUCUGAGCUACUGAAUCUCUGCGAGGCGAUGUGCGGCAAAAGCCUCCGCAAGUAUAUCAUCACUCGCCUAGACAACGUCCAGAAGCUUCGUGAAGAACUUCCAUCGGCUCUUAAAUCAGCUCCGCAACCGGCCAGGCUUGUGUUGGACUGCAUUGGGAGGUUCUAUCUUCAAGGAAGCAAAGCUUACGCCAAAAACUCUCCAAUGGUUCCAGGGAGAGAAGCUUGCGUUCUUGCUCUGGAAUUGUUCUUGUUGAUGGCUGAGGGCGAAGUCCAGCUAGAGGAACAUGUGAGACAAGAGGCUGUUCAGGCUGCUAUGAACUGGAGAAAGAGGCUUGUAGUGGAAGGUGGCAUUCGCAAAGCUAGUGAAAUUGAUGCCAAGGGUUUGCUUCUGUUUGUUGCGGCUUAUGGAAUUCCCAAGCUCUUCAAGAAUGAGGACAUUUGGGAUCUGGUUCUCGCUGGUAAUGCUGGCCAGGUUGCUGAGGCUCUUCGUAAGUCCACUGUUCUGGUGUCCAGAGUUACAGAAAUCAUAGAGCAGGCGAUGACCAGUGCGACAAAACAAAAUGCCAAACUCGAGGCUGUUGACGUGGCAUCUAGUUUCGGGAUUGAUGACAAGUUUCCUCCUCAGAAGCUUCUGACUGCAUACCUUCGGGAAUCCAAAGAAGCACUAAAGAAGAGAAGACGGGAAGCAAAUAGUUUGCCCAUGCUGCUGAAACAGGCAAAUGACCGCCACUUGUCUUCUCUGGCAUCUGUGAUGAAGUUCCUCGAGGACCGCAAACUCGAUCCUUUGAAAGUUGUUCCCGGAUGGCAACUUACAGAGAAGAUAACCAAGUUGGAGAAAGAGAAUGCUGAUCUAAACAAAAAAAUUAUGGACAAGGCGAUGAUUAAGAGGAGAGCUGAUUUGAAUGAUAUAACGACGAAUCAAGCAAUGAAGCGACCACGAGGGAUUGGUCAAGGAGCAUCCACUGGAUCCGCUAGCAUUGGGGGCUUACAUGAACACAAGGCUGCAGCUGCAGCCCCCUACAUGAGCCCAUACAAUAAUAAUACCUCAUUGAGGGUAAACCAUCCCCUGGGUGCUUAUGGAGGAGAUACAUAUCCUUGUGCAACAUCAGCACCUCUCUAUUCAUCUGCAGGUGUGCCUGAAAAUGCUGUAAUGCAUGGUGGUGCAGUGAAUCAUCAUCAGGGUGUAUACAAUCUUCCCGCCACAAGUGCUUCUGCUGGGAAUGUAGCAAAUGGCCUUCGGUGGGAGACAGUGGUUGACAGGGCUGGGCACAUGGUUGCAAACAACAGCAGCUUGGCAUACGCAGCACAAGGUGGACAGAGUUAUGUUAGCAGGCAUGGUACGUAUGGGCUGUUUGGGCCAUCGCCUUCGAUAGAGGGGUUUCCUGGACUGCCGAAUUCGCCACCACCAGGAGUUGGUGCUGCUACUGCCACCAAUCCAGCAGACUUGUACCGUUUUGCAGAUUCCGUGGUCGAAACCGAGUAUAACAGUAGGGGUGGAUGGUGCCAUCAGUAGCCAGACCAUUAACGCUGUAAUUUUUUACCUGUCCUGGGUAUGUAAUGUUAGUGCAGCGCAGUCUGCAUAGAUCCCUCAUUACUAAUAAGUACCAUCACUCUUUUAAUUUCCGGCGUCCGGCGAGUGCAACAUUGUAUUCCAGUCAUCAGUCCGAUUAAGGAGCCCUGCAAUGGGGAUUGUUCUGCAAGCAUAGGACUCUGGAAGCCCAAUGUUGUCAUCGUCGAACUCCAGGAUGCAGCCCUGAUCACCUUCUGGCUGAUUAAUAUCGGGACAGUAAAUCAUGAAUCCGAUAAUGAAGUUAUAAAUUUGCUCCAA